UAUUUCCAAGAAGAAAAAAAAACAACUAAGCAAGGAAGGUUCAUCUCUAGAGAGAUAAACCGAAGGUUUUUAGAGAGAGAGAGAGAAGAGAGAUCACUCCGUCGUUGACGAUCGAUGUCGAAGAUGAAGCAUCUUCUACGGAAGCUCCACAUCGGGGGAAGCAGCGGCGGAUUCGGAGACCACCACAGGCUAGACGAUACGACUAAUAGACCGACGAUCAUCGAUCCCAGCCCUAUUCCCAGCUCCAGCCCUAGCCCCGCCUCCACUUCCUCCGUCUCCUCUUCGUCAGGUUUCGGCACCGCCUCCUCCGCAAUGCCUGCGAGGCUGGAACCGUUUGAGCCGCCGCCGGGGCGUGAUCUGGCGGCUGGAGACGGCGUCGAUUUCAAUCUGAUGGAGGAGGAGUACCAGGUCCAGUUAGCUAUGGCGAUCAGCGUGUCCGAUCCUGAUCCGAGAGAGAAUGCUGAUACGGCUCAGCUCGACGCAGCUAAGAGGAUUAGCCUUGGCGUUUCGGCUGCUCCGGUCACCAACGCAGAUUCCGCCGUUGACUUUCUGUCGCUCCGUUAUUGGGGACAUAAGGUUAUUAACUAUGACCAGAAAGUGAGGGAUGGUUUCUACGAUGUGUAUGGGAUUACAUCAAAUUCUCUUUCACAGGGGAAGAUGCCACUUCUCGUGGAUCUUCAAGCGAUUUCCAUUUCGGACAAUGUUGAUUACGAGGUCAUUUUGGUGAACCGAUUGAUUGAUCCCGAGCUUCAGGAGCUGGAGAGGAGAGCAUCCGCUUUGUCUUUGGAAUGUCCAGAUUUUGCUCGUGGUCAGGUGUCAAGUGUCUUAACUCAGAAAAUUGCAAAUAUAGUUGUGGAGCAGAUGGGUGGCCGCGUCGAAAAUGCUGAUGAAGCACUGAGAAGGUGGAUGCAUCGGAGCUAUGAGCUAAGGAACUCUUUGAGCACUACUGUUAUUCCACUUGGACGAGUUAAUUUUGGUCUUGCACGUCACAGGGCUUUGCUUUUCAAGGUGCUUGCUGAUAGGAUUAAUCUCCCGUGUAUGCUGGUAAAAGGCAGCUAUUACACUGGAACUGAUGAUGGGGCUGUGAAUUUGAUUAAACUAGAUGACAAAAGUGAAUACAUUAUUGAUUUAAUGGGGGCUCCGGGUGCUCUAAUUCCUGCCGAGGUUCCAACCAGUUUUCUUCCAGUUGCUUGCACCGACACGAGAGUAUUUCCUGAUGAUCUGUUGCAACAUGCUUGCCCUGUACUUGAGAAAGAAACUGAAACGCCAGCAUUUUCAGUUCUCGAGGAAACAGAAACCAGACCUUCCGGUAUGGUGGCUAACUUAUUCACUGGAAACCAUGAAGAAAACAGUGACAGAUUCGCUGUUGAAAAACAUCAAACGGAGAGGUUUGAGCAUGACUUUGGAAAGCUGAUGCAAACACAGCAGAUAUCUGGUGAAAACUUGCCGCCAUUUUCUGGGAAACCGACAAGUGCACAGAAAGUUAAAGUUAAGAACGUCUCGAAAUAUGUCAUAAGUGCAGCAAAGAACCCUGAGUUCGCGCAGAAAUUACAUGCUGUCUUGUUAGAAAGUGGUGCAUCACCUCCCCCAGAUUUGUUUAUGGAUGUCAAUCCACAGAACUUGAGGGAGGAGAGUCUGCUUCUAGAAUUUCGGCAAGAAAGUAGCAGUUCUGUGAAUCCUGCUGUUCCAUGCUACCCAGAAAAGGUCGGAGUUCAAUUAGCUGAACAAAUUAGAGAAUCUGAAAGGAGCCCCAGAGCACUGCAACUACCAUCUGUUUGUACCUCAGCUGAGACUUACCAACAACCAGGGGAGGUAAAUUGCUUGAUGGAGAGAAACUUUGAUGUGGAUAAUAUGGGCAAAGUUUCUUCACCGGAAAAGAUGGAGAUCAGCACUGCUGAUGGGGAGCCCUCUGUCUGUGAUAGACAUGACCAAGGAAUUAAUCCAUUUCUCGGCGAGGCUGCAAAAUGGGAAAUUAUGUGGGAAGAUCUUCAGAUUGGCGAGCGGAUUGGUAUUGGUUCAUAUGGAGAAGUUUACCGUGCAGAGUGGAAUGGAACUGAAGUGGCUGUUAAGAAGUUUUUGGAUCAAGAUUUCUCUGGUGAUGCAUUGACACAGUUCAAAUCUGAAAUUGAAAUAAUGUUGAGGUUGCGGCAUCCAAACGUUGUCCUUUUCAUGGGAGCAGUUACUCGGCCUCCUAAUUUCUCCAUCCUGACAGAGUUCCUACCCAGGGGGAGUUUGUAUAGAUUGCUCCAUCGACCAAAUCAUCAGCUUGAUGAGAAGAGACGAAUGCGGAUGGCACUUGAUGUGGCAAAGGGUAUGAACUAUUUGCACACCAGCCACCCAACCGUUGUACAUAGGGACUUAAAAUCACCGAACCUUCUUGUUGAUAAAAAUUGGGUCGUCAAGGUUUGCGACUUUGGAUUGUCACGCAUGAAACACCACACUUAUUUGUCUUCAAAAUCAACUGCAGGAACGCCCGAGUGGAUGGCUCCAGAAGUGUUGAGGAAUGAACCAGCUAAUGAGAAAUGUGACGUGUACAGCUUUGGUGUUAUAUUGUGGGAACUAGCUACUUCACGCAUACCUUGGAAAGGUUUAAACCCGAUGCAAGUCGUUGGAGCUGUGGGAUUCCAGAAUCGACGCCUUGAAAUCCCAGAUGAUAUUGAUCCAACCGUUGCACAGAUAAUCCGUGAUUGUUGGCAAAUGGAACCGCAUUUACGGCCAUCAUUUACACAACUGAUGCGAAGUCUGAAGCGGCUUCAGGGACUAAACAUAAGCAACAGAGGGAACACACUGGGGAACACAAGUGAAAGUUUGAUGUAAAGAUAUUUUUAGACAGAAGCUGAUGGAUGCAUAUCACCUGGUCUGGUUCAAAGAGCCAAUUGGUGAGGGAUUUGCCAUUAUUUUUCUUUCUUUUGCUUUUUAUUUGUGGUUGGUUUUACGGUCAGAUGAUGAGAGGAAAAGAAAGAUGGUCGGGUUUAGGGAAAAAGCUUGUGGAGUUCAAUCGAAGUGGGAGCUCAACAACAAAAAAAAAAAAAGUUCUAUUAAAACCCCUCCCUUUGUAACUAUCUAAUCUAUUAAAAGUGAAGUACAAAUUAGAAUUAACCUUUAGUUUUCCUAAAUAAUUACAAGUCUAUGCCACUA